CCAGAGGGGCGGGAGGGAGAGAGGGAGGGAGGCCCGCGGGUGAAAGGGGCAUUGAUGCAGCCCGCGGCGGCCUCGGAGCGCGGCGGGGCCAGACUCUGGUCACGUCCGAGCUCCGCGCCUCCUCCUGCUCCUGCUCCUGCUCCGCGCGCCCCGGGGCCGCCGCGCGCCAUGCGCCCCCACGGCCCCGCCGCCGCCUCCGCGCAGCGGUUCCUCGGGCUCCUGCUGCUUUUGCUGCUGCAGCUGCGGGCGCCGUCGAGCGCCUCCGAGCUCCCGAAAGGGAAGCAAAAGGCGCUGCUGCGGCAGAGGGAGGUGGUGGACCUGUAUAAUGGAAUGUGCUUACAAGGACCAGCAGGGGUGCCUGGGCGAGAUGGAAACCCUGGGGCCAAUGGCAUCCCUGGUACCCCUGGGAUCCCAGGUCGGGAUGGAUUCAAAGGAGAAAAAGGCGAAUGCUUGAGGGAAAGCUUUGAGGAGUCCUGGACACCGAACUACAAACAGUGUUCAUGGAGUUCACUCAAUUAUGGCAUAGAUCUUGGGAAAAUUGCGGAGUGUACAUUUACAAAAAUGCGCUCAAACAGCGCUCUAAGAGUUUUGUUCAGUGGCUCCCUUCGGUUAAAAUGCAGAAGUGCGUGCUGUCAGCGUUGGUAUUUCACGUUCAAUGGAGCUGAAUGUUCUGGACCUCUUCCCAUCGAAGCCAUCAUUUAUUUGGACCAAGGAAGCCCUGAACUCAAUUCAACAAUUAAUAUUCAUCGUACUUCUUCUGUGGAAGGGCUCUGUGAAGGAAUCGGAGCUGGACUAGUGGAUGUUGCCAUCUGGGUCGGGACCUGUUCAGAUUACCCGAAAGGGGACGCCUCCACCGGAUGGAAUUCAGUAUCUCGCAUCAUUAUUGAAGAACUGCCCAAAUAAAUCCUCUGAUUUUCAUUCCCUACCUCUUUUUUAAUUAAAACUUUAAAGGGUUCAUUUUAGUGGCAUUUUUAUAUCAUUUUUAUGUAUACGUCUGAAGAAGAAACGAAGAUAAACGUGUCUCAGACCAAAGUGUAAUCUCACACUGUUUGGAAAAUCCAGUAUUAUUCAUUUUCCUUCCAUCAGAAAUGGUUUCAGGAUUUUGUAGUUGAUUAGAAUACCUUCUUCAUAGUCCCCAUUCCCUGAACCUGUAAUCUGGAAUGUCAUUGUGGUCUUUAACUUUUCCUGUUCUCUUAGGAUAGCGUUUUUUGAAACAGGAAGGCUACCAUAUCAGUCUUUGUACAAGUUGUAAAUGUUGAGAACUAUUUUAUAUCUGUGAAAUAAAACUUAUUUCAAACAA